UCCCUUUCGGGUCACACGUACCACCACCCUUCUCAACUCAACAUGGAGAACUUAAGGGGACCCUGGUACGCUCACCAAAACCACUAAGCUGCAACUGCAGAAACGUCUGAUUCUCCUUCAAUUGUUUCAUGCCACAUCCGUUCAUGGCCAACCAGUGAGACCACGAACGGCGUGGCAAGUGGGUCCGGCGGCGCGUUGCACUCGCUUUCGUCACAAACAUUCAGCGCCGUCUCAGCUCUCACUCAACUCAACACCAUUUCUCAUUUUCACACCGCAAACUUCAAUCCUCAAAGAAACACUCAUUUUGAGGUUCGGGCUACCUUAUUUCACUCACCACCACCAUUAGCCAACUCACUUAAAAUAACUACAACAAUGGCGCCCCCCAUUGUGACGGCGACCAUCCAAGGCGCCGUCAUCUCCGCCAUCUCCAACAUCCUAGCUCAAGCCAUCACCGCUCAUCAAAACAACACACCCCUCAUAAUCGACUACAUCCCCGUCUUCCAAUACGCCCUCUUCGCCCUGCUCUCCACACCGCCCAACUUCCUCUGGCAGGACUUCCUCGAGUCCGCCUUCCCGGCCUACCACAUGGCGCCGACCAAGGAAGCCAUCACCGCGGCAUCCGCCGCCGACGACGCCAAGCUCGACACCGACGCCGCGCGCGGCCGCGUCAUCGAGCCGCGCCUCAGCAAGCGCAACACGGCGCUCAAGGCCCUGCUCGACCAGACCGUCGGCGCCGCCGCCAACACCGCCCUCUUCAGCCUCUUCAUGCACGCCGCGCGCCAGGCCAUGGCCCACCACUAUGCCGCGCGCGCCGCGGGGGAUGGAGAUGUGCGGGCCGGGGGGUUGGCGUUUCUGCUGGGGGGUGCUGGGGCGGAGGCGAUGCGGUAUCAGGAUGUCGCGUGGGCGAGCGUGUGGGCGCUGACGCGCGCCGAGUUUUGGGGGUUGAUCCAGGCCGGGUGGCGGUUCUGGCCCGCGGUGAGCUUGGUGAAUUAUGUGUUUUUGACGACGGUUGAGGCGCGGAGUCUAGUGGGUGCGUUGGCUGGGUUGGGGUGGGGGAUUUAUCUGAGUCUGAUCACUGCGCAGUAGGAGUGAGAGGGGCGUGUGUCGGAGGCGUGUGUCGGAGGCGUGUGUCUUGGGUAGGCGAGAAAUAGGAGCCCCUUGGCCGGGAUCAUUUGAUAUCGCAUUGAAUUUAGGAGAAGUGAGAUGACAAGUUUUAUGUGGAAGUGUUGUAGAUUGGUCGUGUAUGCGACUUGGGUGCGCUGAGUUACCCCCGACAUCAAGAUGGUGAGUUAGACAGAUAUCUACAACAACUACAGAUUACUGGUUAUUGACUGGAAAAAUAACCACAUCACUGUUUUCAC